AUGAAAUUAAUAUCUUAGAAAUAACGACCAUCGCCGUUAUGAUAAAGUUUUAAGUGCGUUUCCUUUUAUGAAAUGCAACAGUGUUAAGAUAGUGAAAUAUCUUAGUAUACAAAGAUUUUGUAUUUCUUAACCUACUCGUUCAUUCUUCAAUUUACGCUAGUCUACUUGUGCAAUGACCACUAUGCCCAAUUUUACUCCAGACAUUGCAAAAGCUGUCUUAACAGACGUAUUAACAGCGUUAAAUACACCAGAGAAUAUUCAGAAACUGACAGAAGCAAAAGAAAAUUCAGGGAAUGAAAUGCUGAAAAUGAUGCAAUUCGUUUUUCCAAUUGUAGUACAAAUUCAAAUGGAUGUUAUUAAGAACUAUGGAUUUCCAGAGGGACGGGAAGGUACAGUUCAAUUUGCACAAUUACUCAGGGGUUUAGAAAGGGAAGACCCUGAAAUAGCACAAUUACACAGUCAAGUUCGUUCAUAUUUCCUUCCUCCAGUUACUAUAAGCUCUUCAACAGAGGCAUCUAUUUAAAAUAAAAUGAAUUGCACAUAAUAGAAAUUUGCUCUAUUCCCAAG